GGAGGGUAUUGGAGGGUUAUAUGCACGUUAUACCCCUUGUAACAUCUCUGUAACCUACAUGUAACUUAUAAAUAUACGAAAACAGAAGCGUGAAACUUACUAAUUACACAUAGAUUACAUAUAAUUUACGUAGAGAUUAUAAAAGAUAUAAUACAAAUAUAAUCUCCCAAUAACCUACACCCAAAUAUUUCUGUGUGCGAAAUAAAAAGGUUUUUACCCGUCUGGUUCAUCAGUCUCCCCUACCCCAUAUUUCCUACUCACCGAAAUGCGAUCAGGCCGAUCCCUCGAUAUCUUCGAGGUUCUCCAUCCAAUUUCGGCAUUUUUCUAUCAAUUGGAUUCCGAAACUGGCAAUUAUUAUUGCAUUGCAUCACUGAGCUCAAUUUGACUGCUUCGCAUCUUCACAAUGAACUUUUCAGUGUUUCUGUGAGCUGAGAGGUUUGAUUUUCGCAAAUGAGUUGACUUUGAAUGGAGAUUGGAGCCCUAAGUUACGAUCAUACUGUUUUUGAUAGGAUUUUUGGAUUGUUUAUCUGAAGAUUUUUGUUUUCCUGGCUCGAUGAAGGAAAAGGACAGGCCUGAUUUGUUUAGUGGUCUAAUGGCAGAGAAUGCCUUGGUAGUCCACGAACUGAUGAACAAUAGCUCACUGGCAGUUCAGGAAUUAAUGUGCGGAAAUUCAGUGGUAGUUCAGGAACAUAGCUUAGUUCCCGCAGACCAUUCUCUUGCUGUUGGGCAGGAGUUCCCUGAUGUCGAAACUUGCAGAAGGGCACUAAAAGAUAUCGCAAUUGCCCGUCAUUUUGAUCUUCGUAUUGUGAAAUCUGAUCGCAGCAGAUUCAUCGCUAAGUGCGCCAAAGAAGGAUGUCCAUGGAGGAUUCAUGUGGCCAAGUGUAAUGGCGGUCCUACUUUCUCCAUAAGAACAUUACAUGCAGAGCAUACUUGUGAAGGCGUGCACAACUUUCAUCAUCAGCAAGCAACUGUUGGUUGGGUUGCUAGAUCCGUGGAAGCUAGGGUUAGAGAUAAUCCACAGUAUAAACCCAAGGAAAUACUGCAGGACAUACGUGAGGAGCAUGGUGUAGCAGUUUCUUACAUGCAAGCAUGGCGGGGGAAGGAACGUAGUCUCGCCGCUGUUCAUGGUACUUUUGAGGAUGGUUAUCGUCUUCUUCCCGCAUACUGCGACCAGAUACUAAAAACAAAUCCAGGAAGUAUUGCGUUAGUUUAUGCAACAGGUCAAGACAAUUGCUUCCAUCGCCUCUUUAUCUCAUAUCGCGCAUCAGUAUAUGGUUUUUUGCAUGCCUGCAGACCACUUCUUGAACUAGAUAGGGCGCACCUCAAAGGAAAGUAUCUCGGGACUUUGUUCUGCGCUUCAGCCAUAGAUGCCGACGAUACUCUGUUUCCUCUUGCUUUCGCCAUAGUCGAUGUGGAGAGUGAUGAAAACUGGAUGUGGUUUCUGUCAGAGCUGAGAAAGCUUCUUGGAGUCAAUACAGACAAGAUGCCAGUCCUUACAAUACUGUCCGAAAGACAUCCUUCAAUUGUGGAGGCAGUAGAAACCCAUUUUCCCAGCGCAUUUCAUGGAUUCUGCCUGCGUUUUGUCAGCGAGAGCUUCCGUGAAGAGUUUAAAAACACAAAACUUGUUAACCUCUUUUGGAAUGCUGUUUAUUCUCUCACAACUGCUGAAUUCGAAGCAAAGGUGUCUGAGAUGAUGGAUGUUCAAGAUGUCAUGCCAUGGUUUCAUCAAUUCCCUCCUAAUCUUUGGGCCGUUGCAUACUUUGAGGGAGUUCGGUAUGGCCAUUUAACUUUAGGGAUUACUGAAGUUUUGUACAAUUGGUCCCUUGAAGGACAUGAUUUGCCAAUAGUACAAAUGAUGGAGCAUAUUCGUAAUCAAUUAACAAUUUGGUUUGUAGAGCGUCAGACUCUAGGUUCAUCAUGGCCUUCAAUUCUCGUUCCAUCGGCUGAGAAGGUUAUUUUAGAAGCUAUUGCUGACUCCCAUUGCUACCAAGUUCUCCGAGCGAAUAAAGUAGAGUUUGAAAUCGUGUCAUCUGAGCGAACGAAUAUAGUCGACAUACAAAGACGGUGUUGUUCGUGCCGGCGCUGGCAAAUCUACGGUAUACCGUGUGCGCAUGCCGCCGCGGCUCUCCUAUCCUGCGGUGAAGAUGUCCGCCAUUAUGCUCAAGAGUGUUUUAGCGUCAACAAAUACCUUGAAGCCUACUCGCAGAAUAUAUAUCCACUACCAGAGAAAGCCCUCUGGAAUGAGUUUGGGGAGGGCGUUGAAGGCGGCAAUCAUAAGGCCGAUGUCAUUAUUCAUCCCCCUAAAACACGUCGUCCGCCUGGUCGCCCUAAAAAGAAAGUUCUUCGAAUGGAAAGUUUAAAGAGACCAAAGAAGAUUGUACAAUGUGGCCGCUGCCAUCUUCUUGGUCAUUCUCAAAAGAAAUGUUCUAUGCAAAUUUAAAUUUUGCACGGUUUCAGCUGGAAAUGUAUUGUAGCUUCCAGCUAAGUUUGGAGCAGGUCAUUUCUCUUUGCCGGUGACUAUUGGAUGGAUGCUUUUACUGCCGUUUAUCUGUUUUUUUUUCCUUCCCCUUUCAUUAUUAAAAAAAUGAAUAUUAGAACUCACAAUUCAUGUUGGAGUGCUGAAUCCCAGCAUUGAGUAGGCUAUAUGCAGCCAAAGUUAAGGAGAAGAAAUGUUUUUAGGAAGUUGUAAUGGCUUUUAUUCUUUUACAACAAUAAUACAAUAGUGGAAAAUUUACAUAGAUAGCACACAACUCGUAUGCAUUU